AGCUUGCUGGUCAUUGUCAGUGCUGGCUGAGCAGGCAGUACCUUAGCUACCUGCCGCCCCCGAGAAUCGCUGUUUGUCUUCUCCAUGAUUUUCAUCAGGUCAUCUUGCCUUUCAUGCUUUCCUUCAACUCUGGUAGUUGUUAUACCAUCUUACCACUUUCCUAGCCAUGGCCACCUAUGUCACUGAGCAGAGUACAACUGCGAUUGGGGUUCUUUUCCCCACGUUAGCGAUAAUAUUGCUAGGUAUUCGUACCUAUGGGCUUUUUCGGCAUUACUCUCGACGUGAUAUCGGUAUCGAUGAUGUCCUGAUUGUACCGGCGGCGUUUCUCACGGUUACAUCUGGCGUUGCGAUGGCGAUAGGGGCACAAAUGCACAUCAUCGGUGGCCAUUCCCUUGACGGCUCAUGGGGGCCUGAAGAUAACGUCAAGCUUGGAAAGUUCGAGUACGCCUUCUGGAUGGGCCAUAUCCUCGCCAUCGGCUUCAUCAAACUCACCCUGCUCUUCUUCUUCCGGGGUUUGUUUAAGGGCAGGGCCGAACGAACAGCAUUCGACUACUCAAACUGGACACUCAUUGCCCUUGUAAUACUCUGGACAGUCUUGUUUCUCUUUCUCGAGAUAUUUGCCUGCGGGCUAAGGCCAGAGUCCGGAUGGGAAAGCUUCGAGUCUUUGAGAACCAAGUGCAUGGACACCUUCGGCAUGCUAACCGGUUGUUCCGUCUUUAGCUGGGUGCUGGACCUGGCUAUCUUUAUCGAGCCGUUGAUCAUGAUCCGGACGCUGAACAUGAGUCUAAAGCGGAAAGUGCAGGCGUCGAUUGUUUUUCUUUUCAGUGGCUUUGCCGUGAUUGCUGGACUCUUGCGGAUGAUUCCCUGGAUUCAGAUCUACAUGCAAGAUGUCAGGAAUCCCACCAUCAGAAUCCUUGCUGACGAUUUGCCGGUGACUGAUCAAGAAGAUACUGUCACGUCCAAUGUCAUCCCCAUGCGCAAGCACAUUGUGCCUUCUUCCGAACACCGCUCCAGUGUCGUGAAACCCGUCUACCGCAGGACAGCAGACGUGAACCACCCGGCCAACUUGACCAACGUGCACGAUGUCUAUUACAUCGUCGAUAUCGUUGUUGGGAACCAGACUCUCGCUGUCAGUGUUGACACAGGAUCAAGCGACACAUGGUUUGUGUCGGACUAUUUUGAGUGCGUCAGGUUCUGGUGGCAGGGUCCAGAAUAUAAACCAAACUGUGGACUAGCAGACGGCUUUACGGGCAACCUGUCAGGCGGAGUCCUGGACAACCCACCAUUUGUCCGAUCCUACAUGGAUACCACGUUUGUGUCGGGCUAUUACGGGUUCGAAGAUGUCACUGUUGGAUCAAUCACAGCCAAAAACCAACGCGUUGGAGUCGUCAAUUACACGUUUUGGGCGGGCGAUGGCCUUACCUCGGGUCUUUUGGGGCUGGGGUAUCCCUUCAUGACGAGCCUGGACGGGGCAGAGCAAAACCAGGCACCAUAUGACCCCGUUUUCACGACCAUGUGGAAGAACAAGCUGAUUGAUCCUCUGUUCAGCAUUGCGCUCUCCAGGGAGAGUGGGGACCAGGGCGAGCCGGAUGGGGAGGUCAGGACGCCAGAAGGGUCCUACUUGGCACUAGGUGGUCUGCCGCCCGUGGAGGUGGAUGAGGAGAGCUGGGCGAGGACAAAGAUUCACGGUGUUGACGCUAUCCCCGAGUGGAUGUUUGAGCAAUCAGACCUGGGUUUAUAUAUUAUUAAGCCCGACUCGUGGGUGUACGGACGCGAAUCGGAGAAUGCCACGCCGGCUGAGGCAGAUCAGGGCGCUGUCACGACACAUGGGCUGACGACAAACACUACCCAGUUUCCCGUUCUGAUUGACGUGGGGGCUACACUCAGCUUGCUUCCUAAGGGUCUGGUUCAGAAGCUGUACGCGGCGUUUGAUCCUCCCGCCAAAUACCUGAGCACCAACGGCCUGUUCUUUGCCCUGUGCAAUGCCACCAUCCCCAAAUUCGGUGUCAACAUUGGCGAAAACACUUUCUACUUUGCGCCUGAGGACCUGCUGCGUCAGACGGCUCGUGAUCCAUCUGGGGAAUAUUGUCGAAUUGGGGUCACGGACGUGAAUGGGGGCCCCUAUGUCUUGGGCGUGUCAUUCUUGUCGAGCGUGGUCGCCGUUUUUGACAUUGAAAAUACCGAGAUGAGGUUUGCUUCAAGGACAAAGUAUUGA